AUGAAGUCGACUACCUUUUUCAUAACCAUUACCAUGGCGCAUAUGGCCCUAUGCGUGCCGGUACCCUGGAUGGCUGGCGACAAGAUCUUGCCUUUGCUCAACAAUGAUGCGCCGAGCAGCGGCACAUCCAGUCAAAGUCCAAAGAAGGACAACAGAUACGUCCUGGCUUCCUCUCACAUCGCUCCUGGUCCGGUUUUCCAAAGGCCCGAAUCAUCGUUCAGCUCGUUAUGGGAUAACUGGAAGAAGAAGCAUGGUUCAGGGCCGAUACCGAAUCUCGAUAACCUGAAGAAGGAUAUCCCAGUAUUGAUCAUCACGGAAAUGGGGGAGCUGGGCGUCGGGAUACCUUUAUCAUCGUCCUCGAACUCGAAGCCGUUAUCAAAACAGGCGUCCAGCCCCAAGCAGAAACCGGUAUCGAUACCGCCAAGCAACGAGAAGGCGGAUAAUCUGUCGGUUACGGAAAUGGGAGAGUUGACCAUCGGGAUACCGUUGCCAGUGCCGUCGCCACCACCUUUGUCGUCGUUGUCGUCGUCGCCUUCGUCACACUCAUCUUCUCGACCAUCCAAUGGCACGUCACCAUGUCCAUUCUAUGUCGUCUCAAAACCUCGCGAUCACAAUGAUGUGCUGGUCAUCUUCUUGGUGUUGACCUUUUUACUUGUUGUCGUCGUGGUUGAAGCUGGGGGUCCUGUCUGCCGAAGUGUAAGAGACAGGUUCGUGUCGAAACGUAAGGGCGCUAUUCGGUUGGUCGAGGAGGAAACAGAGUCGAAACCCAAGUCGUUUCGGAACGAUGAGGUCCUGGUCAAGUCGGAGAGCGGUUGA